GGAAUGCCUUGUAGGUCACGCUCUGCGGUUUGACUAGUUCUCUGCUUCCUCUCAAUGUUCUCACACUUGCUGCAUCUCCAUUGUUGUUAACACCAUUUGACAAGUCUCUGCUUUGCUUGUGCCUGUUUUGUUCGCAACCAUGACUUUCCUACCUUGUUCUGGCGUUCAUCGUGUACGCAGCAAUUCAUCGCCAUCUUCCAAACCUCCUUUUGCAGGUGUCUUCGUUCACAAAAACCAUCGGGGCCAGGUGCUUGCUCGAAGAAAGAUCUAUGCCAACCAUGAGAUCAUCAUUGGUCGGGACAGAAGUCGCUGUCAAUAUGUCAUCGACGAUCCGUACGUUUCAAAAAGACACCUCAGACUCUAUACAGUCGUGUACGAAAAUGAUGAGCCUGACGAAGUCCAAACUCUUGUCUACGCGGAAGACCUGUCCCAGAAUGGCUCCUACUGGAACGGUGGCCUCAUUGGAAAUGGCAAUGGUGGCUACCUAAUCAGCGAUGGGGACGUACUGAGAUUGAGCCGCCAGACAUUUCUCGUCUUCGAGCACAAAACAAACGGAACACCUGAAGCUCAUUUCGACUUCGCGCAGGAGUGGGAGAUGGCGCGCUUCCGGAAUCAUUACGUGGUUACAGACCGCCUUCUCGGCGCGGGGACUUUCGGUAAAGUCUUCAUGGCAAUCGAACAACAAGCACGGGCACAAGUGGCAUGUAAGUUGGUUGACUUACGGAGGCUUGAGGACAGACCACUCGAUUUCCUUGAAGGUCUGGAACGACCGGCGGCUGCUCAAGACGUGGACAGCCGAGCCGAACUCAAAAAGGUCAAUGAGUGGGGAGGUCAACGGAAGAGGGAAGGCUAUCUGGAAGAUAAGUUGAGAAUAUACCUCCGUGAAGUCGAGAUCCUGGCUUCGGUUAGCCACCCUAACAUCAUUGGAAUCGAAAAAGUCUACGUGACAGAUAGCACGGUGUAUAUGAUGCAAGAUCUUGUUACUGCUGGUGACCUGUUCUCCUACAUUGAGUCGAAAAAUGGGAGACUGCUCGAGGUCGAAGCGGCGGUCAUUAUCCGACAGAUACUUAUUGCUUUGUGCUUCCUCCACGAAAACAACAUUGUGCAUCGAGACAUCAAGCCGGAAAAUAUUCUCAUGACAAGUCUUUCAGCAGGUUCUCGAGUCGUGUUGACCGAUUUCGGUGCUGCUCGCAGAAUUCAGAGCCGGCUGCAACGGAUGUCCACAUUGCUGGGUACCCUGGAAUAUGCUGCACCUGAGACGUUGAAACAAUCACGAAGCGGAGCACAAUACCAACCACGCGGUUAUACACGAGCAGUUGACUUGUGGUCGGUUGGGUGUGUCUCGGUCGUUUUGCUCACCGGCGGACUGGCUUUCGCUGAUCCGACCACGAACAUGUACUCGGAAAAGCUUGCUAGAGAGUGCAACCUCACAUUCCUUGAGGAGUCUAUCGAAUGGCUACAAGUCAGACGUCGACCAAAGGACUUUGUUGAGAAUUUGUUGGUCCUUGACGAAGCCAAGAGACCAACGGCUGCAGAAGCUCUCAAUCAUCCAUGGUUUUCAAAUGAGAUGCAUAGAAACGAUUUUGAGGAUUUGUACCAAAGGACAAUCAAACAUUGGGUUCCACGGCCACCAAAACCGCCAACUAUCGAGUUCCAGGAUCCAACUUACAAGUACCUGUUGAAACGAUCACCAGAUGCAGUUGACUUCGGCCAACGGUUUCAUCAGAGGCACAAAAGUCCUGUUGAUCCUCCCUACAAGCCUUUUCCGAGAAAUAUGCAUUUGAACAUCUGGCCGAAGAGGGAUGCGAAGAGAAGACUGUCUGCAGAAGUGUUGGGAGCCAUAGAGAAUUGGGCUCCGGAUUCUCUUCGCGAACGUGAACACGCUGGGCCUCACGUCUCGUGGGAAGAGAAGCAAAUUCUCUCGGCAUAUUGGAGCAAGAAUGAGGACAAAACUUCAAGAGAUAUCAGGGCACGUACGGUAUCACCUCCACCUCGACCUCAGUCAGAAUUCUUCAUCAGACCACCGGAGACUCGGACUGGCGAUACACUGCGCUCUUUGGGUAGUACAACGAAGGCAGCAGCGGAACAUCGUUCCUUACCAGACGUAUCCUAUGUCAAAGAGCCGUCCGGAGUGGUCGUGCAGGACAACCACUUUAAGUCGCCAGGACGGCCUCUGACUCCAAGAUCGCAAAAGGGCGGCCUCAGAAGACGCGCUAGCUCUAUGCCUCCAGAUCUCGUCACAAGAAACACCGACAUAUUGACUGGCCGGAUUUACGUCGAAGAUGAGCCUGCCAGCAAUGUUGGGGAUGGGAUCAAUGCAAAUGACUUUGCAUACGACUCUACUGGCGGAGAACCAUCGUGUGACCCUGAGGGUGAAGACCAGUCUUCGAUAAUGAGUGACUGUCAAGACACUGGUGAAGAGGACAUCAGUGCUCCGAGAAAGAAGUACCGACUCAAAAGAAGAACAAACACAGUGUCACCCAACCGCCACAAGAAACGACGAGGCUCGGUGUUUGACUUGGCAGAAGAUGACGAGAAUAACGAAGCUGCCAGAAAGAUGACUACUUUAGUCAAUCGACCAAAAGUACCAAUCCCGACAAAGCACAAGCCAGAAACCCUAUAUCUCCCACGAUAAACAUGAUGCGGAGAUUGAAUCGACAUGCAACGCUGAAACCUUUGAUGAAGUGUGAAGUGUGCUAGAAGUGGCUGAAGCUAGUACUCAUGGACAGCAUGCUAGGCUGCUAACCCAUUGAGAGC